GACAUGGGAUAGGGAGACUGGGAGGGCAAUAGGAGAGCCAAUUCAAAGCGAUACUGAUUUAGUCGCAUCCGUGGCAUUCUCUACUGACGGAAAUAGCAUCAUAUGUGGUUUAAGCGAUGGUACUAUCAAAUCAUGGGAUAUCAAGACCGAUGGCUCUCGAAUCAUAUCUGGCUCAAAAGAUGAAACACUUAGAUUAUGGGAUUCAGAAACAGGUCUAUUAGUAGGAAAGCCAUUUGAAGGUCAUACUAAUUCCAUAUACUCUGUAGCAUUCUCCCCGGAUGGUUGUCGAGUUAUAUCCGGAUCGAGUGAUAAUACGAUUAGAAUAUGGGAUUUGACGACCGGUCAAGCACUAGGCGAGCCGCUUCAAGGACAUACUAGCUGGGUCCACUCAGUGGCAUUCUCUCCUGACGGGCAUAUAAUUGUAUCAGGUUCAAGGGACGAAUUAAUUAGAUUGUGGGAUAUAGAGACUGGUCGAGCAAUCGGGGAGCCACUUCAAGGCCACACAGAUUCAAUCAUGUCCGUAGCAUUCUCUCCGGAUGGAAAACGGAUUAUAUCUGGCUCAGAAGAUAACACUAUAAUA